AUGCAGCCCAAAUCACGACGCCGCCGACGCCUGUUACAAAAGCUUUGGAAGAUCUUCAAUCCAGUCGCUUCAAAAACGAAUGGAUUGAAUCUCGUCUACUUCCCUAAAGCGCAGAAUUGCCCAUACGACUUUGACAAAAAAGAAGCAAUUGACGACGAUCCGCAAAGCAGUGACAACAUCGAUGCUCCACCACAAUAUAGUUCAAGCAUCAGUGACGGAACCCCCGCAAAUCUACGCAACAGCCUAGAAGCUGAAAUUGUCCAUCUCUGGAAGAAAGUAUGGCUAGGACUUUACGAGAUCGACGUCAAUGAACAUCGCCUUCGCUCCAGUCAACUAGACGCACUAUACCUUGGUGCUGGAAUGACAGGAUAUAUGGGUAGACUCGGAGCUCUCAAGCACGCGGCCUACAAGAACGUGGGCGUGAACAACGAAAUCGCAUCUUUGAAACUUUUUGAUGGGUUAUCUAUCACGACCCUGCAAUCUGUCUUAGAGAUCUUGAGAGCUUAUGAGAGUGAAAUUGAUAAUCUGGAACGGCUCUAUGGUAUUUUGCGGAGGGGACAGCGGAGUCUGCGGCAGUCUACCUGGAUUACACCGACAGAUACACUCCAGCGGCAGUAUCUGGCCAUUGCAGAGCCGAUGGAAAGAAGAAUCAAACAGUAUGAUAUCCGGAUGGAUGUUCUGAAUCAUGAAAUGCGAGACGAAGUCAUGCCAAUGGGUGACGAAAUUCCAGCGCCUCAGGGACAAUUAGUCUAUGAGAAGGCUUUUCCUGGCCGUUGA